GCAUAAAUCACCUUGGGACGAGAUCAAACACUGAAGCGGUAGUGGUUGAGUUGAGAGAGAGAGAGAGAGUACUGUUCAUCUUGAAAUGGUGAAAAUUACGCAUAUUAUUUUUGAUGUUGAUGGACUUCUACUGGACACAGAAUCAGUGUAUACUGAGUUUACAUCGAAUUUCCUUCAACCUUAUAAUCUAACAUUUGAUUAUAAUGUGAAAAAAAUGAUGAUGGGUAGAAAACCGCAUGAAGCUGCUGAAUUUCUUAUAAAGAAAUUUAAUUUACCCAUUAGUGUAGAUGAAUAUAUUCAGAGACAAUCGAAUUAUUUAUCUCCAGAGAAAUGGAAAUCUGUUAAAUGUUUACCUGGUGCAGAGGAGAUUAUUCAGCAUUUUGCACUGCAUAAUAUACCUAUGGCAUUGGCUACUGGUUGUUGUAGUUAUGAACUUGAACAAAAAAUGACAAAUCAUCAAGGCAUCCUUUGUAAAAUGUCACAUUCUGUAUGCUCUGGAGAUGAUUCUACUAUUAAGAAUGGUAAACCUAAGCCAGAUAUCUUUUUGGCUGCAGCGAGCAGAUUUAAAAAUCCUCCACAGUGUUUAGAUGAAGUUCUUGUAUUCGAAGAUUCUCCAAAUGGUGUAGAAGCUGCUCUGUCAGCAGGAAUGCAUGUUGUUUGGAUACCUGAUCCACGAGAACCGCCUGGAGUUUGUAUAGAUUCCCUGACAUCUUCUGAUAUUUCACGUGUUACCAGAUUGACUAGUUUAUGUGAUUUUAAACCUGAACAAUUCGGUUUACCUGGAUUUUAGAUAUGAAAAGUCUUUGUAAAUAAUUUUUAAUAUAUAUAUAUAUAUAUAUAUA